GAUAGUUGUCAUGCGUGUUGAUGAUUCCCUCUUCAUGUGUUCGAAAAUUUUUAGAUUUUUUUUCUGAUUUUGAUUUGAAAAUCUUAAUCAAACAAAAAAAAAACAAUCAUGGAUUCAAAUCAAGGAUCGGAUGAUUUGCCAAGAUCAAUGAAAAAUUUAUGGACACUAUUAUCCGGGUCAUUGAAUUUAAAAUCAUUACAAUUUAUAGCCGAUGAAUUGGAAUUGAAUCAAAAACAAUUAAUCGAAGGUAUCCUAUAUUAUCGACCACAUGAUAUUAAUGUUGAUUCCAUAUCGAAAUUGAUGGAAAUGAAAAAUUCAAUGGUCAAACCUUCGAUUCUGCAUAAUUUAAGCAUUCUACUUGAUCUUAAUGCUAAACAAUGUUUAGAUUUAAUUCAAUCAUAUUUAUUGUAUGAAUUUGAUGGUACACCUGAAAUGGCACGAACAUUAUUUGCCAAUGAAAAACAGAUGAAAAAAUUAUUCGAAAAUCUUUGGCAUUAUUAUUAUUCUGAAAGAAUUUUUGCAUUAUUUUGCCUGAAACAAAUUCUAAGUAAUUGGAAACAAAGUGAACAUGUUUAUGCAAAAAUAUUUCAAGAUUUUCUUAAACAUAUCAACACUACAACCAAUGGGCAAAUAUCCAAAAAAUUAACUGCACAAUUGAAAUAUUUGACAAGAUUUCAUGAAAAACCACGUUCAAAAGUGUUAAAUUUUUUAGGUGAAAAAAAUUCCAUCGAUCUCACGGUUAAUAUUCGAAAAGAGGAGAUUGAAAUCCUGCAAUUGCUACUUCUUUAUUAUAAAAAUUUCAAACCAACCGCUGAAGAUGUUUUAGAUUUAUUGAAAUUUUUUCAAGAAACUGGAUUCGAUUCAACAAAUAAUCGUGGUUAUCAUUGUUGUCCUCAAAUGCAAAAUUUAGAUCAAUUUUCUGGUUUUCUUAAAACAAUUUUAAUCGUUGAAUUUCUGGAUCCAAAUGGUCUUCGAAAAUGUAAUGAUGAUGAUAAUGUUGAACAUUACCUUUUUCGCAGUGAAAACAUUGAAAUUAUUCAACACAUUUCAAAAAUAAUAAUCAAUUUAAAUAGUACUGCUCAAGAACAUUCAUUGCUGUUCUUUUCAUGGACUAUUAUCAAUUUAUUCUGUACGAUUCAAGAUGAUCAAGAUCAAGAUUUAAUGGAACGUCUGGGUAAUAAUGCAUUACAAUUGAAAAUGUUUAAAUAUUUAGAUAGCUGUCUUUCAUUACCAUCAAUGGAUCUAUUGAAACAUAGUUUUGUUCAUAAUUUAAUCUAUGAAAUUAUUGGUAAUCUAUUGGAGGCAAUAUUUACAAUGUUUGAUUUUGAAAAAUUUCUUCAUCAUCAUAAUGAUAAUUCAUUGAUACCAUUAUUAAUCAAUUUAUUUUCCAACAAUGUUAUUGCUCGGAUUUUGUUCGAUUCUGGCCUGAACACCGGAUUAGGAUUAUCGCUUCGUUAUGCAUUGAAUCUGUUUCCAUAUAAAACACAUCUUUUAUUAAGUUUAUUGAAUUCAUUAGCACAAACAAAUAAGUGUCGAAAUCUGUUUGAACAAUUAUCGAUCAUUCAGAUGUUAACAUCAUUCACCGAAACAUUUGAUUCAUUAGAUUCAAAUGAAUAUUGUCCCGUUGUUCAAACUGAUCACGAAUCAAUUGUUCUGAUUCGUGAUCGUUAUCUUUUCAAUGAUCAUCAAUUAAUAUUACCAAAUGGUUGUCGUGGCAUGGUUUAUUAUUAUGAAGGAUGUCGUUUGGUACGAUGGAUUGAUCUGAAAAUGGAUGGUUGGAAAAUUCUUUAUUGUCGAUUAAGAUAUCUAAUCAAUCAAAUUAAACAAGGUCAUAUGUAUUCCACUAUAAAUGAUGAAGUUAUAUUGAAUGAAAUAAGUAAAUUGGCAUUUAUUUGUUCGGAAUUGAUUUCACAUCAUUCAUAUUCGAAUAUCAAAGAUUUCAAUCGAAUCAUCCGAUUAUUAUUGGAAUUAUUCAAAAUGAUUGUUUCAGUUGAUCAAACAACGAUUCGUUUAUUUAUGGCUGCCGUAAUUAAAUUAUCAACUGAAAUGAUGCGUCAAAAUUAUUCGGAUGAACAAACUGUUUGGUCAUUAUUGAAUGAUAAACGUUUUUUUCCUUAUAUGAUUGGUUUUCAUAAUCAAUUUCAAGAAAUAUUAACCGGUACUGAUACUAAUAUUUCAACAUUGGGUUAUAUUCUUGCAUCGGAUGAAUUUAUUAAAGGAAAUUAUGAUUUAACCCUAUCAUUUCUUUCAUUAAUGUCACAUUUUGUAUCGAAAGAAGAAUUUUAUCGUGAAUCAUCAAUAAUUGCAUCGUUUAUGUUUAUUAUUAAUGAUAUUUUUCCGUCAUAUAAACUAUGGAAUUAUCGUCGUGAAUGUGAUCGACAUUGUAUUGGACGAAUGUGUAUCGAUAUCUUUCAUCGGAUAAUUAAUCGUGUUCGACGUAAAACAGCCGAUGAAUUGAUAAUGAUUGAAAAAAUUUGUAUCAUACGAUUGAUGGAAGGUCAAGCUGCUGAACAAUUAUUAUCGAUUAUUAAAAGUGGUGAAGAAAUUGUACGACAGAAAAUUAUCAAUUCAGGUAAUGAAUAUUUGCUACAACAAGAUGAUCAAAUUGUUAGUAUUCGUAUAUCGAUAUCAAUAUUAAGUAAUUUAUUGGAAAUGUAUUCCGAAUUGACAAAAUUAUCAUCAUUGAAAGAUAAAUCUGUUAUUGAAAAUAUUAUCUUUUCAUCAACAAAUAAUAGUAAUCCAAAUAUGUUGUUAAUAUUUACAAAUUUUAUCUGUCAAAAAUAUGACAUCUAUUUGGCUAUUAAUGCAUUGCAAUUAAUUCAACAAUUAGCCAUAAGAUUUCCAAUGUCAAUGUUGGCUUGUUUUGGUUCACAUACGGAAUUUAUUCGUGAUCAUUUUCUAUUCCGGUUGGAAACGGUUACUGAAGAUUUAAAUUUUAAAAUUGCAUUAUUAAAUUUCCUGUCUACUUGUGUUGAAUAUCAACCUGGUUUAGUGGAAAUGUUUUUAAAUGUUACCAACAAUAAUCAACAACAAACUAAUAGCAGUGUAUUGAAUACGAUUAUCGAAAUAUUGGAAGAAAAAUUUGAUGGUCAAUAUCAUUGUCCAUAUGAAUUACAUUAUUCAUCAUUACAAUUUGUGACGAAAUUUUGGCUCAAACCAAAUUUAAUGGCAAUGAAUAAAUUGAAACAAAAUGAAAAAUUUUGGUCACUAAUAUCAUUUCCAUUGUUUGAACAGAAUAUCGAUAAUUCAUUAUGUAGUUUUAUAUUGAAAAUUUUAUCACGUGAAAUUCAUUUUAUCAAAAUUCUGGAAAAAGAUGAAAUUUGCAAAAAUUUAGAAAAAUUAUUCAUGAAAGAAAUUCUGGAUAAACAGAUGAUUGAAAAUUUUUCCAAACAUAUACAUCAACAAUUAAUUGAUAAUCGAUUAUGGUCGGAUGAUUUUAUCAAUUUGGUUGAUGGCUGGAGAGAUUUUCUUGCAUCAUACAUCAAAUUUAUCGUUAUCGAUAACCAAAAACAAUCAGUAAUUUCAAAACUUGUCAAAGAUUUACUUCAAUAUAUACUGAUAUUGAUCGAUAAUGGCGAUGGCAAUAUUUCAAAAACAGCCAAUAAAUUAAUCAAUAAAUUUUCCAAUCUUUGUCUGAUUAUUACAUCUGCUCAUGAUGAAAAGACCGCAAGAUUAAACGAUAACAGACAAUUAUUAACGAUGAUGGUGGAAAUUUUUCGACGAAUUCAAGCAAAUAAAGAAUCAAUUUCAUUUAAUUCACAAAUUUCACUUGGUGUUUUAUUGAUCAAAUUGAAUAAUGAGCGAUCCAACGAUGACGACCAACAAGAUCAACAACAACAAGAACUGUUUGGUUCAAUCGUGGAAUUAUUAAAUCAUUCAUUUCGUUUAAUGGCCAGACAAUUGAAUGGUAAUUUAAAUGCAAAUUUACAACUAGAAAAACGCUUAAUUAACGUUUAUCUAUCGAUCGUGAUUACCAUAUUACAACGAGCAUCAAAAAUUUCAUCAAUUGAAGAUUGUUAUCUAAAUAAAUUACGUUAUUUUGGUACAAGUGAACAAAUUCUAAAUAUGGUUAUAUUUUUUCUACGUAAACGUUUACACCUGGAUUUGGUACAAAAUAUUUCACAAUAUUUUGUUCAAUUAUCAUAUUCAUCUAAUGGCGCAAGUUUAUUGAAUUCAUUGAAUUUUGUCAAUCAAAUUUCAGUGAAUUUCUCAUUGUCCAACACCAAUGGAAUCAUCGACCGAAUGUCGACGGAUCCAGAUUUUAAAUAUGAUAUUUCGAUAUUUGCACAAAUCGUUCGAACUGUAAACAAUAUGAUUAUUCAUCUGAGACAUCAUUUUACUGAAUGUUGUGUAUCAUUUAUCGCCAUAUAUUUGGAUAUAUUUCGUGAAAUUUUUUCGGCAUUUCGUCGACAACCAUCGAAUCGUAUCGUACAAUUAACAUUAUUGAUAUUGAAACUGUGUUCAUCAACAUCCAAUUAUGUUACGAUAUGGGAAAAUAAUCAUUCUAUUUCCUACAAAAUAAUUACCGAACAAAUACUUUUAUCCACGAAUAUGAUGAUUGCAUUUUUACUACGUCCAUCGCUGGUAUUGAAAACAUUUUUAGAAGAUUAUCAUCCCGCUAAAUUGACCAAUGAUAAUAAUAAAAGAGAAAAUGAUGCUCAUGAUUUGCUGCAAAAUCAGAUGUUAAAAAUGCUAUUAGAAUCAAUGAAAUUUUUAUUGGAUGUUUCACCAGAAAUUUUUUCAUUGUUUGCAAAUGAAACCGAUAUUAUCGAUAAUGAUAAUGAUAAUAAUGGAAAAUAUAAUCUAUUAAUAUCAACAAAUUUUUCAUUUCCAAAUGUUGAUUCAAAUGAAAUUCUCACAUUUGGAUCAUUGGCAAAUUUGAUAAACUUUUUGAUUAAACAAGAAAAAAAUGGAAAAAGAAUCGGAAUGAUUGGCGAUGGCAAUGCUGGUGAUGAUGCUAAUGAUCAAUUACAAAUAUCACUUUUAGAAUUAUCAUUAAUGUUUUUCUUCAUACAAACAUUGAUUGCAAAACAUUCAAUGAAAUCCAUUCCGAAUGAUGAACAAAGAUUUUUUCAUGAAAUUCUCAAUGAAUUGAAUACAUUCAAAUCAAAUCUUAAAUCAAUUCAUCAUCAUCAUCCACGUAAACAAACAUUAUCAUCCUCUUCAUUGUCAAUGUUGACGAAAAUAUCACCAAUAAAACCGAUACCGUCGUCUAUGUCAACAACAACAACAAAUGUACAAUUAUGUGAAAAUCCAUUUAUCAAAAUUAUGUUAAAUAUGAUGGAAAACAUUCUACCAUUUCAUCAUUCGGGUAGUUUAUUAAUGAAUGUUUCCGAAUGGAAUUGAUUUAAACAACA